AUGUGGAACAGCAAAUCAAAAGAGGUGCCUUUACCAAACCCAAGGAACUCUCAGAGCAAGGAGACUGUUCAAGCAAAUAUAACCACAUCGUGGGAUGCACUUUCUCAGAACAAGGCUGCUCUGAGACACAUUGAAAACAAAUUAGAAGUAGCCCCUACGAGUACGGCUGUGUGUGAUUCUGUCAUGGACACCAGGAAAUCGGCACAUGCUACCCGAAAAACAAGUAGGAAAGAUGGUAGAUACAUGGAUGAUUCUUGGGUUAAUGCUUCAACCUCCAAAUCUUCGAAAUUGCGAAAAGAGAAAUCUCGUAGUCCUCUGAGAGCUACCACCCUGGAGAGUAAUGUGAAGAAACACAAUCGUGUGGAAUUUCGCGAUCCCUUAGUUUCUUAUAGGGAAAUCCAUGGUGCUCCUUCUAACGUAAGUUCCAGCCAUCUGGAGUCAAAGCUUGUAUAUUGUGUGGAUGUUAAUGAAGAAAAAAUUGAGAGUGGGAACCGAGUGAUUUGCAAUCAAGAAGAACAGAAUAUACGUUGCUGUGAUUUUGAGAGCUCCCAGUCAUCUAUCAUAAAUGAUACAGUUGUUAGGUUUUUAAAUGAUAGGCCAGCAAUUGAUGCAUUGCAAAAUUCUGAAUAUUUGAUUAAGAUCGGCGCUCCUUUGAGAACUGAGGAAGAAAAGCCUAUUAGAGCAAAAGGAAAUGAGAACAAUUUGAAGACUUCUGUCAAUAACAGAAGCCAUGAAGUUGAUCCAAAAGUACUACGGCUAGCUGACUCUUCUCCAUCCUCAACUAGUACUUCCAACUCCCAAAGAUUAGAUCUUUUGAAGCGGCGACAACAUGAUGUCAAACUGGAAAAACUCAAGGAGCGGAUUAGGAAACAGUGGGAACACUCAGAAGAAACAAAUGGCCAGGGCCAGAAUCUGGGUCAUAGUGACCAUCCAGUAAUGGUGGUCACUGUUGACAACUCCGUGACCACAAAAGUCAGGAAAGUGGCAGCAGCACCACCGGCUCCAGCGUACAAAGGCUUCAACCCUUCAGAAACCAAGAUUCGAACUCCUGAUGGGAAAGUGUGGCAGGAGGCUGAGUUUCAAAACUUGAGUCGAGAACUGUAUCGAGACUUAGCACUACAUUUUGCAGAUGAUAUCUCUAUAAAAGAAAAACCUGCUGAAAAAAGUAAGGAGAAGAAAGUGGUCAAACCAGUAAGAAAAGUCCAAAAGGCAGCACAAUUAACAAGUCCAGAGUGCAAAACAGGUGGUAGUCAUCUGAUAAGUACAUCUUCUUGGCGAGAUGGGCAGAAAUUAGUAAAGAAGAUUCUGGGACCUGCACCCAGAAUGGAACCGAAGGAACGAAGAACCGUGUCAAGUGACAGAAGUGGAAGAGAAAGACCUGGCAGAUCUGGGGUUCAUAUUGGAAGAGCAGAAUCCGAUCCCAGGUUGGAUGUUUUACAUAGAUGUCUUCCGCGAAGCUCAGAACGUUCGAGAAGUAGAGCUCGGUCUGAAAAUAAUAUAAAGAAAUCAACUUCAUCCCUUCCUGAUAAUAAACAGGAAGAAGAUACUGCCUUAAAUAAGGAUUUUUUACCUGUUGAAAUUCGUGGCAUCCUUGACGACCUGCAGCUGGAUUCUGUAACACAGCCGGCAAGGCAAGAGACCGGAGAGCUGCAGACCCAGAAGCCACCAGCCCUGGUCCCAGCUCCCCGGAGCCAUAGCCCAGUGAAAAGAAAACCCGACAAAAUAACUGCUCAUGAAGACCCCCCUGUCAUUUCCAAAAAGCGCCACUAUGACACAGAUGAGGUCCGACAAUACAUUGUUAGACAGCAGGAGGAGAGGAAGAGGAAGCAAAAUGAAGAGAAGAAGGCUCAAAAGGAGGCCACCGAACAGAAGAACAAGCGAUUACAGGAACUCUACCGGAAACAGAAAGAAGCCUUUACUAAAGUGAAGAAUGUGCUGCCUCCUGAGCCUUCAGCAGCUAGGCGACUACAAGAAACAUACUCCAAAUUGUUGCUAGAAAAGACCGUGCUUGACGAGCCACCUCAUUCACAUGCUACACAGGAAACACAGGCCAGACCCGGGUAUCAGCCAUCUGGAGAAUCUGACAAAGAAAACAAAGUGCAGGAACGUCCCCCAAGUGCAUCUUCUAGUAGUGACAUGUCUCUAUCAGAACCUCCACAGCCUCUUACACGAAGAGACUUGAUGGAAACUACAUGGAUGCAGCCUGACAGAUUGAGCCCACGAGUCCAUCAACCUCAACCACAGCCCCUUGUUGGACCUGCUGGAAAUUUACUCUCCCAUCUCUUACGUCUAGAACAUGUAGGACUUUUGAAUAAAGAUUUUGACUCUCUUUUACCAACCAGGAAGAAUCAUAAUGUGGCUUCAGGGCCAAUAACUUUUACACCUCAAACAUAUCUGACCUCACCAGCUGCUUAUCCAGAUGCCUUGUUAAAACCUAGUGCCAGCCAAUAUAAGAGUAAACUGGAUCGCAUCGAAGCCUUGAAAGCCACAGCUGCUUCCUUGUCCAGCAGGAUUGAAAGUGAAGCCAAGAAAUUAGCUGGGGCCAACAUUAACUAUGGGUCAGCAUGGAACACUGAGUGUGAUGUACAGCAAGAGGUUCCAGAAGAUGGACCUUGGAUCAAGGCUAUAAGUCCACCUGUGAAAGAGGACACAGAAGAUGUCUUCUCUGCCCGAAUUCAAAAGAUGCUGGGAACCUGUAUAUCUCAUGCAACUUUUGAUGAUGAUCUCCCUGGUGUUGGCAAUCUUAGUGAAUUUAAAAAGCUUCCUGAGAUGAUCAGACCUCACAGUGCCAUAUCAAGCUUCAGGAUAAAAUCUCCUGGUCCCAAACCAGAAGGGCUGCUCGCACAAUUGUGUAAGAGGCAAACCGAGUCUUCCUGCUCUGAGAUGCCAGCCUGCUCACAAGGGAAAGCCAAAAUGUCUCUUGGUUCCAGCAUAGAUUCAAUCAGUGAAGGGCCACUUCUUAGUGAGGGUAGUCUCUCUGAAGAAGAAGCAGGCCGGGAAGGGCGGACUCUUUUGAAAGUAGCAGCAAUCUUAAAAGAAAAGGAGUUCUGUGCUGGAGAAAGAAAUACUUAUGAGCCCAUCAAAGAGUUUCAGAAGGAGGCUGAAAAAUUCUUGCCACUUUUGGGGCAUUUAAGUGGUACACAAAACAAAGGACCGUGGGAAGAAUUAGCAAAGGGAAGUCCACAUAGUGUCAUUAAUAUAUUUACCAAAUCUUACCAGUUAUAUGGGAAAGGGUUGGAGGACCGGCUGGGAAGAGGAGCAUCCGCAGUCGGCCUUUUGAGUACCACCACGACUCCUCUGAGCAGUGUCUCCUAUGAAGAUGACUUUGUCUCCUCGCCCGGGAGUGCGGCUCUGACAGGGAAAAAACCACCGCUGGAACCUACUAUUGGUGGUAGCAGUGUGGGCAUUCAAGAGGAGCAUUCUAGCAGAAAGUCUGCCUAUGAUUUUUCCACUGUGGACAUUGCCUCCCAGCUUUCAUCAGGGGCUCAGUCUGCUGCAUCUUCUCGGUCAUCCAAUUCUUCUAAAGGAAAGAGAGGAAAAAAGGAAAAGAUAGAACGGUUGGAUUCCCUUCCUGGAAAUAAUAAAAACUCUCUUCUUGAUGAGGAAAAAGUACAGUCUGGCUCAGAACACGGGUCCCAUCAAGGAAAGAAAUCUGGGACCAGCAGCAAACAUUCUGCUCAAGACUCUGAGCAGACUCUUGACACUGAUAGCAUAUUAGAGGAUCUUUCUGGACAUUCUGUGAGUGUCUCACCAGAAAAGGGAAGAUCUCAGAAAACCCCGACUUCUCCUCUGUCUCCAAGUUCCCAGAAGUUGUUGCAGUUUGACCUUCCGGGCACUUCACUGGAAAAGACCACGUCCUCAGUGAUAGUGCCUCCAAGUCCAGCAGCAUUGAGCCCUAGCGGAGCUUUCCCCGAGGCCAACCCGACUGCCAGCAGGCCAGCUGCAGAGAUGGCUUCAGCACCCGGUCCGAAGCGCUUUUCCCCUGCUGUCCUCCAGCAUCGGUUGGCAGCAGAGCUUAGUUAUUUGAGUGCUAUUGAGGAGUCCAUGCGCCAGCUGUCAGAUGUAGAAAGAGUUCGAGGUAUUUCCUUUGCUCAGCAGGAGAGUGUGUCUCUGGCUCAGAUCAUAAAGGCCCAGCAGCAGCGCCAUGAUCGAGACCUGGCCGUUUUGAAACUGAAAGCUGAACAGGAGGCUCUGGAAAGCAAGAGACAUUUAGAAGAAACCCGAAACAAAGCAGCCCAGGUUCAUGCAGAAUCGUUGAAGCAUGUAGUUAAAUCACAGCGGGAAGUAACUGAGGUCCUGCAAGAAGCAACAUGUAAAAUAGCAGCUCAGCAAACAGAGACUGCUCGCCUCACCACAGAUGCAGCUCGCCAAAUCUGUGAGAUGGCAGAGUUGGCUCGAACUCACAUCUCGGACGCUGUCACUGCUUCCGGAGCUCCACUAGCAACACCGUAUGACCACCAACGGCAGCACCCUCCAGACUUCAUGAAACAGCUGAGGACCAGAGCGGAAAUAGAUAGGAAAAGUGAAUCUGUUUCAUUGUCUCAGAGUAAAGAGGGGACCGUGUACUCAAAGCAGUCGAAGUAUUCUUCAUAUGAUAGUUAUUCUGAGUCUUCAAGAUACAAGGCUUUCCAUCGAAGAAGUAGUAGUGGUAGCAGCCAUCAAGAAAGUCCUCUAGUCCCACCUUCUAAGGAAAACGAGAAGAAAGUGCUUGAUGGUGAAAAGAGUUCUAUUGAGGAACACAUCCAGACAGCUGCCGAUGACUCGCUGCGGAGUGAUAGCAUUCCAUCUCUGCCUGAGGAGAAAGAUUCAACUUCUAUUGCAACAGAAUAUUCCCUGAAAUUUGAUGAAUCCAUGACAGAAGAUGAAAUAGAAGAAAAAUCAUUUAGGUCAUUACUACCUUCCGAGAGUCAUCGCAGAUUUAAUAUGGAAAAGAAAAGAGGCCACCAUGAGGACUCUGAUGAAGAAGCUUCCCCAGAGAAGACUACACUGACCUCGGCCAAGGAGCUGAGCAUGCCAUUCUCAGGAGGACAAGAUAGUUUCUCUAAAUUUACUAUGGAGAUGGUUCGACAAUACAUGAAAGAGGAGGAAAUGCGUGCAGCUCACCAGUCUUCCCUCCUGCGGCUCCGAGAGAAGGCCUUGAAGGAGAAAACAAAGGCUGAACUAGCCUGGCUAGAACAUCAGAAAAGACAUCUCCGAGACAAAGGAGAAGAUGAUAAAAUGCCCCCACUCCGGAAGAAGCAGCGUGGUUUGCUCUUAAGGUUGCAGCAAGAAAAGGCAGAAAUUAAACGUCUUCAAGAAGCCAAUAAGGCGGCUCGGAAGGAAAGACAGCUGAUUCUUAAACAGCAGGAAGAGAUAGAACGGAUCCGACAGACUACAAUAAAACUACAGGAGAAGUUGAAAUCUGCAGGGGAGAAUAAAUUGGAGUCUCAUAGUGAUGAUGAUACAAAGGAUAAUAAAGCAACUAGUCCUGGUCCAACUGACUUGGAAACCCGCAGUCCUUCCCCGAUUUCCAUCUCAAGUAGUGAAACAAGCAGCAUUAUGCAGAAACUGAAGAAAAUGAGAAGUCGCAUGGAUGAAAAACACUGCUCUCCUGUUCACUACUUCUUCUCUGUCUUUACGUCUCAUCACUGGGCCUCUCUCAGUGUCUGUUUCCCCAACCUUCACCCCAAAUUCCAGCUGUAUAUCUACAACCAGUUGGUCAGGUUUCUGACAAAGCGAGAGCAAAAACUCAUGCAAAGGCGGCAGCACGCGGAGGAGCUGCUGGAGUGGAAGCGACGUUUAGAUGCAGAGGAAGCCGAGAUUCGUCAGAUGGAGAAACAAGCGCUGGCUGCUUGGGACAAAGACAUAAUAAAAACGAAAACCCCUAAGAAAGAACUGGAGGACCAUAGAACAGAACACAAAGAAAUAGCCAGUGAAGAGGAAUCUCCAAUACCUUCCUACUCUCAUCUAAACAGUGGAAGCUCUAUUCCAGAAGAAUUGGGCAGCCCUGCUGUUGAGUAUAUAUCAUCUGAGCCUGUAGUUCAAGAGCAGCCAGGGAGUCCAGAUCACAGCGUACUUACUGAAGAUAUGGUUUUCUCACAGGAACUAGAAUCGUCUACCUCUCCCAGUAAACAUUCACCUCCCAAAAGCUGUACACCUGGAUCAAAGCAGGAGUCUGGCAAAGGGAGUCAUAGGACCGGAGGACAACACCGUCUGCCGGUCAAGUCCCAUCAGCACUGUUACAGUUGGUCAGAUGAGUCAUUAUCUAUGACGCAGUCAGAAACUACAUCUGACCAGAGUGACAUUGAAGGCAGGAUCAGAGCUCUGAAGGAUGAGCUACGGAAAAGAAAGUCAGUGGUGGACCAGUUGAAGAAGGAACAGAAGAAAAGGCAAAAGGAAAGGCUGAAAGCCCAAGAAGCCAGUCUGCUCAAACAGCUAGAGUCAUAUGAUGAAUACAUUAAGAAAACCGAAGCCGAGCUUAGCCGAGAUUUGGAAACAUCACCAACAGCCAAGCCUCAAAUUAAAACACUCUCCUCAGCUUCUGAAAAACCCAGGAUCAAGCCCCUUCCACUGCACAGACCUGAAACAACCAAAAAUUGGAAAUCCCUGACAGAGUCAGAACAUUCAAGAGGUUCUCUGGAGUCUGUUGCUACACACAUUGAUGCUGGACUUACAGGUUCUGAGAGAUCCGCAUCAGAAAGAUCUUUAUCAUCGUAUGCAAAAAGAGUGGCGGAAUUGGAUAAUCAAGCAGAAGAGCGUUUUCAGACCUCAUCUCCGGUUCUUAGAUCAAGGAAAGUUAGGGCGGAAUCUGGAGAUUCUCUAGAAAAUGUAACUUCAUUACACCUGCUAAAUGCCCCUAAUAGAAUUCUUGAUGUGUCUGCACCCAAGGUUGAUGAAAAACCCAAUAAAAAAUCAGUAAUACCAGAAGAGGCAGAAUAUGCAACGUUAGAGGAGAGUGAGAUUGAAGGUGCUGAUGUCUUCUUGAAAUUAGACCUGCAACAAGGAGAUUCAUCUGAAAUUCUUUCAAAGAAAGAUGUUCCUUUAGACCCUGUAAAUGUUCAGAAAGAUUUGGUUAGAUUAGUUAUAGAAAAUCUUCAUAAAAAAGAGGAAAUGUUGAUGGAGCGAGAGUUGGGAAACAGCCUUCCUGAACAAAGUAUCAAGGAAAGGGCCUCAUCUCUGUCAGAACAUCACUCCAUCCCCAGAGAGCUGUCCUACUCCGGAGAUUCUGAAGCAGCAUCUUUCCCGAAAGACAGUUCACCAGAGUUGUACAAAGAUGACUUUGAGUUACCAUCUGUGCUGUCACUCAGGAAAGAUUCCCAGCCACUGAGGAGCUCUGGAAGUAGAGCUACCAGCUCCGGCAGUGACGAUGAGAUUAGUGAGUGCCUGAGUGAGAAGAGCCUUUCCCUUCAGAGCACUGUGCACUCCGAGAGGCUGUUGGAGCUCAAGUCCCCCACCGAGCUCAUGAGAAGUAAGGAGCGCAGUGAUGUCGAACACGAACAGGGGGUUUCUGAGUGCCUUUCCUUGGCUGCAGUUACUGUCAUGGACGAGUUGCUUGAUUUCCACAUUGGUGAUAGGGUGCUCAUUGGCAAUUUUCAACCAGGAACUCUUCGGUUCAAAGGUGUGACUAGUUUUGCUCAAGGAUUUUGGGCUGGAGUGGAAUUGGAUAAAGCCGAAGGAAAUAACAAUGGAACAUAUGAUGGUAUUGUAUACUUUGUCUGCAAAGAGAAGCAUGGUAUUUUUGCACCUCCCCAAAAAAUAUCUCACAUUCCAGAAAACUAUGAUGACUAUAUCGACCUAAAUGAAGAUGAAGACUCUUAUUCAGAUGAGCAAUACAGUAAUCAAAAACCAAAAGAUGCAGAGGGCUCCAAGUCUGAUAGAGAAGAUGAUACAAUUGAAUAUUUUUAUGAGAAAUCUCUGCCUCGCAUGCAUGACAAAGAAGCCUCAGUUGACAAAAGCCUUAAAAUAAUAACGGAAAACCUACAGGGGAUUUCUGAGGCCCUUGAAGCCCAGGCUCACCAGCAGUCUGAAGUGGAUUCACGGCUUUCCUCAAAGGAAAGCAAAGACCUUAUUUCUGAUGCCACGGAGAAGGGAUCCAUUGCUGUUGAAGAGGAUACUUUAGACAAUACCUUUUCAGAAGAAUUGCAGAAGCAACAGCAGUUUAUAGAAGGUGAAGAGAACCUACAUUCUGAGGUUUCACAAAAGCUUUCUACUCCACUGCUGGAUCUUUUGAGGAGAGAAAAGAAACAAUUGGAAUCCCAGCUGAGGUCAUCCCUGAGUGAGGACAAAAAAUCAAAGCAACCACUCGACACAGUCAGCUUACUUACAGACAGUUUGCUGAACGUUUUUGUGACGGACACAGUCAGACAACUGCAGCAAAUUAAACGAGCGAGGGAUGAGAAAAUCCACCUUAGCAACCAGGAGCUUCUUGAUGGCCAAGCGAUAGUGGUUCCCCAAGACCUGGUCCAGAAUCUUGAGGAGCAGUCACCAAGCGUUCCAAAUUACUUAAGGCCUGACUUGGAAGAUGAGAAAGAAGAGAUUUCUUCUCCAGAUUUGUGCCCCAGACCCGAAAGCCCGGUGUUUGGUGCCAGUGGACAGGAGGAGCUUGCUAAGAGACUUGCUGAACUUGAGAUCAGCCGGGAGUUCCUGAACGUGUUAGCAGAUGAUCAAGACUGGUUUGAUGAAGACUUCGGUUUGAGUUCCUCUCACAAAACCCCCCAAAAGAAGGUAGAAGAAGCUAUUGUGCCUGUGAUGGCAGAAUCCAAACGACCCCCCCCAAAACCCUGGGGCACGUUACUGGCAGUCCCACAUACUACAGCGGAAGUAGAAAUUCUGGUAAAUGAUGCGGCAGAAGAACUCUGGAAAUGGAAAGAAUUGGGUCAUGAUCUGCGUGGCGUCAGUAUUCCUGCAAGGCUGCUUGGCUGUGUCAGCAAGGGUCAAGAUAUAGAAAGCACUAGUAAGAGGGUCUACAAACAGGCCGUUUUUGAUCUAACAAAAGAGAUUUUUGAGGAAAUAUUUGCUGAGGAUCCCAACUUGAAUCAGCCAGUCUGGAUGAAACCAUGUAGAAUUAACUCUCAUUACUUCCGACGAGUGAAAAAUCCAAAUGAUCUUGAUGAAAUCAAGAACUUCAUAGCAACUGAAGUACUCAAGUUGUUCAGUCUUAAAAAGGAAUCAAACCACAAAACAGAUUGGCAGAAAAUGAUGAAAUUUGGAAGAAAGAAGAGAGACCGAGUAGAUCAUAUCCUGGUCCAGGAGCUCCAUGAAGAGGAGGCCCAGUGGGUGAACUAUGAUGAGGAUGAGUUGUGUGUGAAGAUGCAGCUGGCUGAUGGGAUCUUUGAGACCUUGAUCAGAGAUACUAUUGAUGUUCUGAAUCAGAUCAGUGAAAAACAAGGGAGAAUGCUACUUGUGUGACACCUUGGAAAAUAAAUUGAACACUGAGUGCUAAUAUGAGUCCUGGGCCUUUCUGCCUCCUGAUACACCCCCCCAUCUCCGUCAUAGCAAGAGUGCUUCUGGACCUUCCACCUCUUCUUAAAGACCAGUGGUAUGGAGCUCACGGGACAGUGUGGGAUACCUGUACUGCAGCCUUGGCCUUUAGAGACUGUCCACGGGACGAAUGGGCUAUGGUCAGUGGGCAGGGUUGCACCCCUGAUGUUGACACCCAGUAGAAUUCUGCACUUCAUUAACAUCCCUGUUAAGUCUCAGAUGAGGGCUGAAAACACCAGGCUUACCUCAUAGUGUAGACUGGGCUAUCCCUUCCUUGAGUCCGAAAUCAGGCGAGAGAGCUCUUACUAGAUAUGUGCAUCAUAUCAUUUUUUUGAAAUGUAUUGCUGGCCUAAAUCAUGAGAGUCAUAAAUGGACCGUAUAGUCUUUAAACAGUAUUAACCCUACAACCACUUCUAAGUAGGCAAGUCUAACAGCGCGUGCCGGUUUGCCAUUCUCUUGUUCAUUUCUUCCUGAAGCCCAUGUUCUUCCAUCACUGCGGUUUAGCAGCACCAAAUGGAUGGUCAAGUCAGCUGAGCUGAGAGGCAGCCUUGCUUCCUACGCACCUCCUAAAGAGUGCUACCCCGUUGCUUUAUUUCUCGCUUGUUUGUUCACAUGGGGCUGAAAGCAAAGGCAGGCCUCUGGCAGACUGGGCUCAGAGGACUGGUGCUGCGUUGGUUCUUCCACCCACGUCGUGCCCUUGUCCUUUGCUUCUUCCUCCUGAACCUCUCCGAGCUACUCCCGGAAUCACAGAUACUCAGGACCAUCUCAGGCACCAGGCAUGGCGAAAGUGGAAAUCAUUCAUUUUGGCCUUCAUACCUUCAACUCCCAUUUCAACCCAAGAAACCAGAGACGCUGUUAUUUGAAUGGCUUAGGAAAUGAGUGUGCGCACCAAAGACAAAAAUAGAUUGUCUCUUAUUUGUGUGCUUGUUUUAUGCUAUGGAACCUUUUUUUUUUUUUUAAUUUAUUUUAAGAUAAAUUAUUGAGCUGAAAAAAUGUGUCCCUAUUCAGAGGUGAAAGAUUGUUGUAAUCGUUCAAACUUCUGUCUUGAAGCGUCUGUGGUUCAUAAUCUUUGCACAGAAAACCUACAGUUUGAACAAACCCAUACACACAUGGAAGAAGUCAGUGCAAUUCAGUGACGUGAUGAGCUCUUCUAAGCCCGCCUGCAGGAGCUGGAGUGAGAUGAAAUGGUUUGAAGACAGGGCUCAGCUCAGUCUCACCUCUCUUACCUUAUAGCUUCUCACAACUCAAUCCCUAUGUCCCAAAGUGCACGCACUCCAGCUGCUGCACGAGAGUGGGCACGGCGCUCUCCCGAGGCCCGCCUCCUGCCUUCUCAACGGGCUUCUCCCAUCAGUCCUGCCCUUCUUCAAGUGAUCUCAAAGACUGCGGAUAAUCCUAGGCGUGAAUGUAAAUGCCUUAAUAUUGAAGGUCCUGACUAGGAGCAUGAUAUAAGACAUCCACUGGAUUCAUAUUGACAAAUAUCCUGGAAUGCUAGAACUUCAAAAUACGUUAGAAAAAUCCCAAAGAUGGUAUAAUCUUUUCAGUGUGCAUGCUCAUCCAUAUUGUAUCCCCCUCCAAAUUUGCCUCUGCGGCUCCAGUUUCUUCACUGUGCACCCUUCCAUGUCGCUUGGUUUCAUCUUGUCAUUAGGAGAAACACCUGAAGUCAUGGGGAUGCUUGCAUCUUGCACGGUAACUGGUAUGCUAGCUCUCGAGCGAGAAAGAAAGCUCUGACGUGUGGUCCGUUGCGGGUGUGCAGAUGCCACCUGGGCUCCCUGGGUGGAGCUGUCGUGGAGCCAUAGAGAAAGAAGCCAGCAUGCCGGGUACUUACCAGUCGUGUGGGAUGACUGCUCUCAUGCCCAGGAGAAAAGCAAAGGCCUUUCUUAAUUCAUUAUGUGUUACUUGGAAGACAAGAACGUCUUGUCUGCAGCCUUUGACUCUACUGUUUGCAGGAUCACGUCCUUCUGAUACGGAACCUUUACAGUGGCUGUAAGCUUUUUUUUAUAAGUGAAGCUGAAAUUACUAUGAUAGGAAUAGAAGUCCUUUUUCUACAUCUUCAUGAUUUGGGCCUGAAAUAGAUUUUUAAUAGAAAAGCUUAUGUUUACUUUUUAUGGCAUUUUGAUCCCAGGAAAGGGAAAAGCCGUGAGCCGAGGCCAGGACUCAGUGGUCAGGCUCUGAGAGUCUCCGGAGAAGAGACGCUGCCGGGAACGGGGCACCCCUCACAGCCCCAGUCAGCCCGGGGUCCAGAGGAGGGGCAGGGACAGAGCUGGCACCCAGCCACUCAGUCCUUGGGAUCUUCUUAAUCAUGCUCUGCCCCUUGACCAAGAGUCUAGAUGUCCCCUCCUUCCCAUCUUUGGUCAUUCCCCGCAGCCCCUCCAUCCUCCUCCUCUGUCUUUAUGAUCUUCGCCUCGGCAGCAAUCCCUUGUAGAAGAGCACCAUCAGAAUUCAGUCCCAAGGCACCAUCAGUUCCUUCUGAGUCCAAAAUGAUUUGUGCUCCCCAGGGCCCAGUCUCUGGUUGACAUCAGUACAGGGUAUAGCUCCCUCUUCAGGUCUAAACAGGAAGUUUUCCUCUGGGGAAAGUGGGAAGGAGCACGCGACAGUUCAAAAGGAAGGUCAUUUAUUUUUCUUUCACCUGAAAAGAAAAGAAAUCCCUUCUGUGACUGUAGGUCUCUGCGAAAGUAUCUUUCAAAAGAGAUUUCAUUGCUCCUGAGCAUGUUGUGGCCUGUUGAUAAAAACAAUUUUGUUCACUUUCUUGUCUUGAAAAAAAAGUGGCCUUAGCUUUUUGCAAUACUUGAAUAAAGUGUGUACUCACAAAAGAGUUUCUGUAGCACAGCGUUAGAGACUCCUAACUUUUCUGCAAGAAGUUCUGACGGACUUACAUCUCCCUUUUACUACCUUAAGAAAACUAGUGAGUAAGACAGUAAUCCAGAAGGCAAAUGAUAGAGACUACAAUGAUGUUUAAUGCAAAUUGUAGGAAUUUACAUGUUUACAAAUCAUUUAACCUGGUUGUGCACCAAUUCCAUAAAAUAUCUUUGUAUUAUAAAAAUGUGAAGAAAAAGAUGUUAACUGAUGUAAAGGAGGUACUGUCAUUUUAACUAACCUAUGUUUAAUAGCUUUUCCUUCCGGACUUUGCAAAAACCUUCUUGGUUAAAAAAAAACAACAAUUGCAAAAAGCAUUCUCUGGGAGGCCCCACCUCCUUGUGUGUACUGUGCUGUGCAGACAUGAAAAAUAAACCCGCUUACUGUGUGUGUGUGAAUAGCCUGGUCCUCAGGCCGUUUGCAGCCAGUCACCACAUCCAGUGUGCAACUCUGCGCAGAAGACUUAAGGGUGUGGUUUUGUAAGUAUGCUCUGUAAAAUAACGGGGGGAAUUCCCAUGUAUACCUGUGUAAAUAGAUUUGUUAACUGAAAUGUACUUUAAGAAAGGAUGAAAUCUGUAAAUAAACUGAUUUAUAAAUUA